AUGAUCAUUGGUUCGUCAAGAAAUUCAAACAACUCCAAGCUUUUCGUCAAGGUUUUUGAAAGGAAUUAUUCAAGUAUCCAAAAAAUUUCAGUCGAACGUUUCCGUGUGCGUGGAUCCGGUAGAAGAGCCGUCAUGUAAAAUGGCGACUUAUAUGGAGUCGAGUGACGUCAACGAGAUGGCUGGAAAGCUCCUUGGCCUUGCUGCCGACUUUCAGAUUAGGCAUUCCGGGGUAAAAGUUGCAACGAGAAUCUUCUUAUCUCUUAAAAUUUUUGACGCUCAAAAAAGUUUUUUCAUGAAGCUCAAUAUUUAAAAAAGAAACUUUGGAAAAAAAAAAUCAAUAGUUUCAGCUCCUGCAGCUUUCAUCACUAAUCGUGGCGUGCCGUCAUCGGAUGGCGUCUCUUCGUGCCUCGCUCUUCUUCCUUCUGCACGCCUCCUGUCUUCUCUCGCUCAUUCUCCUCUUCUCUAUAUUUCUCUUCCUCCCUAUCAUUUUCACUCAUGGACAAAUCCUCAUGACGUCGAUGCUCCACCUUCCCGUCCUGUUUUUUGGAACUCUUUUCACUCCUUUUCACCCGAAGAACACCGUCAUACGCAUCGCUAUGAAGGUAUGGUUCAGCUUUAUUUCUAAAAGCUUUGCGCAAAAACAACAGGAAAUGACUACAACAAAGCAUCGAAAUAUUAAAAUUGUGUUUAUGGUGAGACCGUGAAGUUAUUUUGACUUCAAGUUUCAUCCAUCUUUUAUUUUUGAAAAUUAAUAAUGGAGCUUUUCAGAACACGAACAUGAUUGCAAAACAAGAAAAUGUAAAAAUCGUCACAACAUUCUUCAUUCAAUUCUUACCGACGGCCGUCUACAUUACUGCUCUCUACUUUUUAUUGGUUCGAGGAUAAAUGAUAAACAAUAUACAAAACUUUCAAAUCAGCUGGUUCGAAAUGCUAAUAUGAUGUGUUCUUUUGCCGACGUCGUCUGCAAUUUCAAUACGGAGGCCAGAAGUUUCAACUCUACUAUGGACUAUCUGACUUUGUCAACGGAUUCCGUUCGACAUAUCAUUGGUUUUCAGGUAUUUCAAAAGAAAAUAUCUUCAGCUGCAACAGGAAAAUUCAGUUUACGACUUGUCUCUGUGUUUUAUCAUCGGCCUUUUUGUACUCGUUGAGCAGUAUCUGGACCGAUGUUCCAUUUCUUUCGCCAAUCUGGUUGAUCUCCGUGUUUUUCUGCAUUUUCACCCAGGUUAGAGAUCAUUUUAAUUAUAAUUGUAUGAUUUAAAUCCGAUCAAAUUAUUAAAUAAAUUCGAAUUAUUAAAUAAGAACCACUAAAUCUUCAAAAAGAGUUUUUUUAUUGCCAAAAUUCUGACAACUUUUUGAAAGUCGCUCGUCGAGAAUUUAUAGAAUUACUUUCAAAAAAAGGACUAUUAUCGUUAGCUGUAAUCAAAGGUUGGAUUCCUAUUUAUUUAUCAAAGUUUUUAAACUGCGCUUUCUCAACGUUUUUUCGAUGGACGUCAUAACUCGAAAAACUGAUUCAAUUUCAGGUAGCCUACUCCUACCUUAGUGGUGUAAAUCUUCAUGAAGUGGUCCAGCUGCUGCCAAUUAUGACACUUGUCGUCUGGAUCAUGGUGAUUUUGCUCGUGAACGAAUUGUUCAAAAUUCGCCGUAUUCGACAAUUCGCCCGAGAACAACGCCGCACCAAAUUCGACUUUGACACGAAACUUGGAAUGAAUUCCCCUUAUUGA